UGAUCACUGGAGGAAGAGAAGCUGAUUGCUACAGAGUUCUUGGUGUUGAUCCUUUGGCUGAUGAUGAAACUCUGAAGAAGCAGUACAGUAAGUUAGCUCUUUUGGUUCAUCCUGACAGGAACAAGUAUAAAGGCGCGGAAGAAACCACCACCAUACCAGAAAUCUCGGUGAAAAGUGUUUAUGAUUUACGAGACCGACAUCGGAGAAGGGAACUAAGUAUAAACUCUCAACAACAUGGAUAAGGAUGAAGCGAAAAGGGCAUUGGAUAUUGCUGAGAAGAAACUUUCAGAGAAUGAUUACGUUGGAGCCAAGAAAUUUGUUAACAAGGCUCAGAGUUUAUACGCGGAUCUUGAUGGCUUGAACCAAGUGUUGAUGAUGAUCAAUGUUUAUACCUCUGCAGAAAUCAAGAUUAGUGGAGGAAUAGAAACUGAUUGGUACGGAGUUCUUGGUGUUGAUUCUAAGGCUGAUGAUGAAACAGUGAAGAGGCAGUACAAGAACUUAGCCCUUUUGCUUCAUCCGGACAAGAACAGAUUUAAUGGAGCGGAAGGCGCGUUUAAGCUGGUUUUACAUGCUUGGUCUCUGUUAUCUGACAGGGAUGAGAGAUACCUCUAUGAUGAAAGGAGGGUGAAGAAGAAACCACCACCAAGUGCAAAGGCUAAGGAUGCGCCUUCAAAUCUGUUUUGGACAAUGUGCAGUGAGUGUAAGACACGAUGCGAAUAUUGGAGGGAUUCUUAUCUUAACAGGACCGUACUAUGUCCAACGUGUGGUAAGACUUUCAUUGCAACCGAGCAAAUUCCACGGGCAGUUAAGAAAACCAGCAAGACCUACAAUGUAUUGUUUGGAUAUUGUAGAUGAAUCUUAACUGUUUGACUUUUUUUAAGAAGUCUAAGAUGUCAAAUUUUU